UUCUUUUUUAAAUGUUUAUUUUAAAAACGUCGCCUAAAUAUUUUCCAACUUAUUCAUUUAAAUGCCAUGCAAUUGUAAACAAAAGUGCCACAAACACAGCUCACAAUAACAGCCAACAGGACGCAGGGGGGCCCUGAACAGAUGUCGUGGCAAGAUCUAUUUAUAGAAGUCCAUCCCGAUCCUACCACAACACUCUGCCUCCAGACAACAGAGAGCAGAAGUGGAAGAAGUCAUCCAUUUAGUCGAAGACGAGACAUUAAACGAGAUGGCCACAUUCGGAGUCCGGGGAAUGGGGCAACCUCUGGGCAUCAGGCUCUGUUGCUGCCGCGUCUGUACCUGCAUCAACUUUGGAUUUGUUCUGUCGCGGAUCGGGCUGCUGAAGCUGAUGCAACUGGGCCUGGCCAUGUUGUGCGAGGGCCUGCUCAUCCGGUACGGGGUGCCCUAUGCGGAUUCCAUUGGUCAGGCCCUCACCGGGUUUCUGGCCACCACGGGCCACUGCUUCACCACCACCGGCAUCCUGCUCAUUUGCUACGCCUUCUCGGACAAGUCCUACAACCUCAUCCGGCAGUCUUUGUUUGAAACCCUCUUCAAUGGCCUCGCCUGCUGCAUGUACUUCAGCUCCGCCAGCUACAUGGGCUUCGCCUGCAUCGUUUGGCUCCAUCCCCAGUUCCUGGUGCGUCCUGGCUUCUGGGCCUAUCCCGCCAUGACGGCCUGCUACUACAUGGGCUAUGCGGCGGGAAUACUUCAUGCUCUGGAUGCCUAUCUGGCCUUUCGGCACUUCCGAGGAGCGCGCUAACUUCCUCGACAUAUAAUAAGAAUAAGUUCUUCUAUUUUUUCGCAGAUAUUUAUAUUAAAUGUAAGAUAUAUCAGUUAAGGCACCCUUCCGGCGGUAGAAGCGCUCACAAUGCACACAAAAAGCAAUAUCCCUUUGACGAAAAUGGACUGGUUAUGUUUAGCACCAACAUAGAAAGGAUGUGGGAGAUCCUGUUGACCCUGGGAGACCUGCCUAGGCCUGCUUGUUGGCCUCCGCCUUGAAUUUCCUAGAAAAGAGACAAAUUUCCUUGUAGUUUGUGGUUUAAAUAAAUAUUUUAGAAGUCAGA